AUGCUCGACGCACUCCCGUCGCCGACACGGUCGCUCGACGAUCUGAGCAGGGAGGAACGCGCCUUCACAUUCGCCCACUUCACGUGCGAACACGCCUGGGUCAUUGGGAAUAUCCUGCGCAAUGCCUUGAGGACCGCAGACUGCCCCGCCAUCAUCCACAUCUCGCUAUCGUCGUCGCAGACCCUGUUCCACUCGCCUUCCAUGCCCGGCUGUAUGCCCGACGACGAAGCCCAGACACGCCGGAAAGCUGCCACCGUUCUGCGCUGGGGCCACUCGACGUGGUAUCUGCACUGCAAGUUUAACGGGGACGAGAGGAGAUUUGGAGAGAACUCUGGCCUCGCAGUCGACGAGAGAGCUAAAUAUAGCUUGGAAGGGGGCGGCUACCCUGUCUUCGUAAAAGGUUUCGAGGGUGUGGCUGCUGCGGUAGUGAUAGCCGGUUUGGACGGCGAACAGGCGCAUAUGGUGCUGCUGAAGGCGCUCGAGGAGUACAGGGAGCUGAGGAACGAUUUCCGAAGCCCGAUGAGGAGCAUGACUGUCAAGUGA